AUGAACCACCGACUCGGGCCGUGCUCGUCAAGUCAUGGCACCGCGAUAUGCGGAGCCAUUCUUCUUGCCCUGAUUCUCGCAACCGUCGCCGUUUAUCGACUGAGACUCCACAGGCUGGCACCAUAUCCGGGUCCGCUGCUCUCCCGCCUCACGUCCAUUCCAAACUGGUAUCACGCUCGCAAAGGCGACAGGCACGAAUGGUUAUGCAGAUUGCAUUCCGAAUAUGGUCCCACCGUCCGCUUCUCUCACAACUCCCUCUCCUUCACCACCACUCCAGCCUUGGACGCCAUUUACAGAUCCAAAGCCCACAUCAUCAAAUCAGACUGGUACCAGUGCGUGCGCGACUCGGCCGGCGGUUUCGAGAGCACCUUUACCGCCAGGCAAAAGUCCCGUCAUGCCAUAAAGCGGAGGCUCCUCUCUCACGCCUUCUCUGAGCGGGCUCUGAGAGACUACGAGCCUCGCAUACGCGCCCACGUCGACUGCUGGAUCGAAAGGCUUGCCCUGGAGGCGAAAAGCUGCCCGAUAGGAUUCGAUCUCGGGGAUUGGUGUAGUUACCUGAUUUUUGAUAUCCUUGGCGACUUGGCAUAUGGAUCGUCCUUUGGACUUGUUGCCGGUACAGGGGAUCGGGGUGUUGCUGCUCUGGUGCCCAAGGCGACCGGUGGUUGGUAUUCUCUGGGCUACCAUCCCAUUACAAAACUGGUUCGUUAUAUCCUCUUCAGCACGCGUCUUGGCCCCCUUCUCGGCGGCCGCUCGUUCCAUGACAACGUGCAGUUUCGCAACUUCUGUCUAGGAAAGCUCAAGCAACGUCGUCAAGAGGCCGCCAAACUCGCACAAGAGGGGCGGAAUCAGGACAUGUUUGCGCACCUCCUCAACGGCCAAGAUCCCGAAACAGGAGAAGGUUACUCAACCGGGGAUCUCGCCUGCGAGAGCGUGCUGCUCAUGGUUGCGGGGUCCCAAUCUACAGCCGGCGGUCUCGCAGCGACUUUCUUCUACUUGGCACAGAACCCUUCCAAGCUGGAGCGCUUGAGACGCGAGAUACACGGAGCGUUUGACGAGGAGCCAGAUAUUCGGUACGACGCAGCGAAUUGCAAACUUGCAAGCUUGCCGUAUCUGCGGGCGUGUAUAAACGAGUCUCUACGCCUGUCGCCGCCCACGCCGGGCCACUUGCCGAGGGAGGUUGUCGGCGAGGACUUGCCUAUUGAGGGUCGCCAUGUGCCCGUCGGCACGACUGUCGGCGUCAGUCCGUAUGUGAUGCAUCGCAGUGAAACGUACUUUGCCGAGCCCCUGACGUAUUUGCCGGAGCGAUGGACGGAACAAGGUACGCAUGUGGCUCACAAGACAAUGCCAGGCUUUGCGCCGUUUGGCGCAGGGCCCACCGGGUGCAUCGGGCAGCAGCUUGCCCUGAUGGAGCUGUCUUUGGGGGUUGCGAAGCUUCUGUGGCGGUUCAAUCUCGUCGCAGACAAAGGAGCGCAAGAAGGCUCAGCUGUGGAAUACAAGAUGCGGGACAGGUUUGUCGGGCAGGCCGAGGGGCCUUUUGUACGGCUUGUCCAGUCUUUGCCGGAGCCGUAG